AUGCCCAACGGGCUCGGACCCCAGCUGCAACUGGCCUUUAGUAUUCACACUGUCAAGGUGUCAUUGUUUUCUGCUGAUUUCGAGACUGCCGAUCGACCUCGCCUGUUUGAGUGUGAGAGUCGGUUGGCACUGGAGCUCGUCAAGCGGUUCAAGAUCGCAACGCAGGUGUCCGAAGGAGUGAGCUUUCUUCACAGUAAGUCGCCGCCCUUCGUGCACCGUGACUUGAAGAGCAUGAAUGUUGUCAUGGAUUUUGAGCUCAACGCCAAGCUCUGUGAUUUUGGCUUGACUCAGUCCAUGGAGAAGACCCACAUAAGUCGGAGGGACAACGAAGGUGGAUCCCCACGAUACAUGGCGCCGGAGCUCUUCGACUCCCGGGGCAAAAUCACAGAGAAGGUGGAUGUUUGGGCGCUUGGUUGCUUGAUCGUGGAGGUGAUCUCAAGCAGGCUGCCGCACGAGGAGUGCACGUCUAUCCAACAAGUGAUGACGAAGACAUUGGUUGAGAAGCAGCUUCCGUUCACGGACUGGCGUGGUGUGAGCUCGGGUGUUCAGAGACUUGCUGAGCUUUGCUUCGUCUUUCCCCCGGACGGUCGCACCAGUGCCCAACACCUCCUCGAG